CACUUCACGAAGGACUUCAAAGUGGGAAAGUGUGAAGGGCAAAAGGUGGUGGAUGGAGAAACCAUGCCACUGGUGCUGCAGCCUCCAGAGCCCAACAGCAGCAAUGAUGUGGAGAGCCUUGUGUUGGCUCUGAAGAAGAACAAGGACUGGUUUGAGCAGAUGCUGAUCAAGAACAGCGCUGUGCUGCUUAGAGGUUUCAAUGUGCAGAAUGCAGAGGAGUUUAAUGAUAUCAUUGAAACAUUCGGGUGGGAUGAUAUUCGAUAUGUAGGGCCGGCACCAAGAACACAUGUGCACAAGCGAGUAUGGACUGCCAAUGAAGGACCACUUUCGGAAUUCAUAUACUAUCACCAUGAGAUGGUUUUGAUCAAGGAAUAUCCGAAAAAAGUGAUCCUAUUCUGUGAGACACCACCACCAGAAGGCGGAGAAACACCCUUUGUUCCGAGCUUCCGGGUAACGGAAAGGAUGCUGAAGGAGUUCCCAGAAACCGUAGAAGAAAUGGACGCAAAUGGGUUGAAGUACACUUUCACAGCUCUCAGUAAGAACAGUACAGGUUCCAUGAGGGGUAGGGGCUGGGAGGAUACUUUUGGUACAUCAGACCGUGCAGAAGCUGAGAAAAGGGCUAAUGCUUUAGGCAUGGACGUUGAGUGGCUACCAGAUGGAGCAAUCAAGACAAUAUUGGGGCCAAGGUCGCUGACGAAGGUGUUUGAUGGAAGAAAAGAAAGGAGAAUGUGGUUUAACACGGUGGUCGGCAUGCAUGGGAAGGAGCUCAGCUCUGCCCUCAUGGCCGAUGGAACCGAGAUUCCGGCAAAUGUGGUGAAUAGAUGUGAACAGAUUAUUGAAGAAGAAAGCAUCCAAUUUAAGUGGGAGAAGGGUGAUGUUCUCUUCUUCGAUAACUUGGCUUUGCUCCAUGGAAGAAGGCCUUCUCUUCCUCCCAGAAGAGUCUUGGUAGCCACAUGCAAGUAG